AUUAUAGGGAACCAUUUCCGCAGCCCAAUUGUAAAAUGGGCAGCCCGUCCUUAAAACACCUCCACCCGAUUCGCUUUCACGGAACCCGUUUAUUUUAUCCCCAUUUUAUCUUUGAUAAAUUGAAUUCCAAACGGCUACUUUUCUCCAUCGCUCCAUCUUCCCCCCUCCUUUCGAAUUGCGCCAUUGUCUUCUUCAACUGACUCUCUCUCUCUCUCUCUCUCUACGCAGAGAACAGAUUCUAUACCGAUCAUCAAAUCAAAAUACAGACAAGUAUGGCAAGCAAUCUCAUCCAGAGGCCACUGAUCUUUCAAGACGAGAACUUGGAUGUCUACUGCAAAAAAGCCGUGACGGGUGACAAAUCGAAGAGUUCUAAACAAUCGAUUGUGAAGAAAGGCGCGGCAGGGCUAAAGGAAGCUGUGGCGGGCGAAAAUUCAAAGUCGGUUGCCAAGAAAGGGCUAAAGAGUCGCAGCGCACUGAAUGACAUUACAAACAAGUCAUCUGUUCCCCCAAAAGCAUCGCAGAAGAAGAGUGUCUCCCAGAAGAAGAAGGUUGUGGUUAAGGAGGAUGCAGUUAACAUUGCGGAGGAGACCUUCUUGCAUGACCACCAGAAGUGCAUUGAGGCACAACAGGCCGCACGGACACUGGAUCUCUGGCACUUAGUUUUUCCUGAACGUGAUUCCUUGCCUCCCAUUGAAAUUUCAGACUUCAUACCAGACAAGAGCAACCAUCACUGUAUUGAUAGUCCCUGCAGCUUCCCAGAGCCAGAAGAAUCACUCAUGGCAGAGUUCUCUGCAUGGUUUCAAUCUCCAACCAAGAGAUCUCCUCAAUCCUCUCCAGCACGCAGUGAUUCUCCGCUUUCUUUGUGGGAAUUUGAGCCAGUUGAAUUCAAAAUGAAAGAAGAAAUCGAUAUCGUGUUUUGAUUGCUCUGCUUGAUCCUAUGAAUUCGAGACAUCUAUAUUCAUUGCUUAUCCAACAAUGUUUGAAGCUCAGGGAACUAUCUGGUUUCCUUGCAAUGUGUAUGGCAGAUUCAAUUUGAAAGACCAUGAUUGUAUUGCCCCCAUCCCUAAACUUUCAUCUAUUUGUAGAUUUUUGCAGAUGGUUGAACAACCAGCACUAGCAAUAUUUCCUUUAUAUACAGUUGAUUCAUUUACCAA